AUGGUUGUCUCCAGCGUCCUCUUCUGUUUUGCCCUGUGGACCGUGGCUGUGAUCGGGUCUGGACCCGGCUGCCCGGUGCUCUGCAUCUGCUCCGACAAAGAGGAACACCACCUGGCCCAGUGCACCUUCAAAGACCUCACCAGGACCCCAAUCGACCUGCCUCCCAACGUCACCAUCCUGAACCUCUCCAACAACCGACUCCGCGUCAUCGCGGCGGGUAGCUUCGACCGUGUGACCGCAGUGACGUCUCUGUGGAUCGCUCAGAACACGAUCGUUUCCAUCGAAGCGGGCAGCCUGGCUCCCUUGAUCCACCUGCACAACUUUGACGUCAGCUACAACCAACUGGUGGAUUUCCCUUGGGAGGACCUCCGGAAGCUCCCGGCCCUGCAGAUGCUGAAGAUGAACCACAACCGGUUGGUCACGCUGCCGAGGGACGCCUUCGUCAACCUCAACGACCUGGAGUCCCUCCGUCUCAACAACAACCAGUUCAUCACCGUAGCCCAAGGGACGUUCGACGGCUUGACGUCCGUGUCCCACCUGCAGCUCUACAACAACCCCUUCACGUGUGACUGUUCCGUCGACUGGCUCCGAGACUGGAUCCUGACCCACACCGUCACGGUGCCCGAGCAGAGUCUCAUUGUUUGUGACAAUCCACAACAACUGAAAGGAGUGCUCCUGGUGCAAACGCCUCGAUCCCAGUGCACGGGCCCCGACGUUAUCGUGACAGCUGAACCAAGUAUCGAUCAUACAGAUCUCUACGAGGACACCUCGCUGAUCUUAACCUGUGAGUUAAGAGGAAACCCAGAGCCUGCGAUCGUGUGGCGGAUACAAAGCAAACGCCAAAGGGAAACGAUCCUUGUGACACCCGGAGACGACGACUCAGCAGAAUCCACAGGGGACUCCUCGAUUGCAGACAAACCGUUCAAGGUCUUCGGUAACGGAACCCUGGUGAUAUUCCACAUCAGCGCAAAAGACAGCGGAAACUACAGCUGUUCGGCCACUAACGCGUUCGGCACAGCCGAGGACACCGUGGCCAUAGAGGUCAGGACUCUACCGAAACCCACACCCACUAAGAAAGAGAUCCGAACCUACAUCCCCACCAAGACCCACCAAGUCGUGACCGUGACCUCCGUCUCCUCUGCCCCCUCCCCUCCUCCAGCCGAGGAGGGACCAGACACAACCAACGACACACCCGCUCCUCCGUCACCGCCGCCUGCCCCUCCUCCGCCCGACCUGAAUCCCGGGGCCGACAAGCAGACCUCCGCCCACGACAGCAAGUGCGGCCUGACGUCCAAGACGAGAUACGUCUCCAACCACGGCUUCAACGGCAGCCUGGAGGACGUCAAGGAGUACACCUUUGACUUCGGCGUCAUCGCCCUGAGCGUCUCCGAGACCGAGGCCAGGGUGCGACUCAACCCCCUCCUGGUGGCCAGGGCGAGGAGCCGCACCGGGGAGGAGGGGCUGUACCUGUGCCUCUCCGCCGACCCGGAGAACCCGGCCAUGCAGUGGUCCGGGAUCGAGGCGGGCGUCAACACCUACGUGUUCGCCGACCUCCGCCCGGCCACCAACUACUCCCUGUGCUUCACCUACACGGGGCGGGACUGUGACGUGCAGGUGGUGUUCUCCACGCGGAGGCAGGCGGCCAACCUGCUGAUCAUCGUGUCCGUCUGCAUGGUGCUGCUGACGGUGUCCACCGUGCCCCUGUUGGUCGCUACGUGCUACCACCUGGUGCUCAAGUACCGCGGGAAGACCUACAAGCUGAUCCUGAAGGCCCGGGACCAGUACCAGGUGGAGACGAACCUGGGGGGCCAUUUCCACCUGCACGCCCCCUACCCCUCGGAGUCCCGCAGGAAAAUCAACGGGAGCGAGCUGGAGGAGGAGAUGGGGAAGCUGGGAGGACGGCGGGGACGGGAGGAGGACGAGGACGACGAGGGGAGCCAGGUCACCGAGUCCUUCUCCAUGUCCAGAGCUCAUACCGGCGACUGCGAGGCCAGCUCUGAGUACAGCGACCGGCUGCCCCUGGGAGCCGAGGCCGUCAACAUCACGAGCGACUACAGAUAUCCCUCUCUCUGAUUGGCCACUGUGGUGUAUGUGUCGCGGCGCCCGUGGUCGUGCUUUGACCCGCCCAUAGUGGUUUAUAUACUUCCUGAGGGAAAUCUCUAAUAUGCUCGUUAGCCGGUUGUAGAGGCAAUGCCGGACGUAUUAGCUCUUUAUAUCGUUAUCAGAAUCCAGCCGUAUUUAAUACACAGUGUGGUUGGAUGCUUUCGUUCCUGUUAUAACUGAGUAUGUUAGGUGAAGGUAGUUGUGUUUUCUCCUAGAGUUGGGGAGACCGAAUUUUAAUUCAGCUAAGCAUACAACAACUGAAAAUGUAUUAUAAUCAGCAUAUCGAAAUGCAUUCAGAAAUGUACACAUUACUAACAUUAGUUGGACAGCAUAUCUACUAACCCAAAGCAUAUAUCUUAACCCAAAGCAAAUCUCCUGCCUAGUUUUGCCAACACAGUAUCCCUGUAGAAGCUGUAUGCCAGUCGGCUAAUGCUAGCAAUAUCGACGUCCUGUGUUUUUGGGUAAACAAUGAGAUCACAUUCCAAAGGUGUUGGAGCCUUUCUAUGUCAGUCUUCCUUGUAUCUCCCCCCCACUAACCUCCAACACCUGCCCCUGAGCUACUGGCAGGCCCACCUGGACCAAAACAUCUAACCACCUCUGCAGUAGAUCUGAGGAGCACUGAGGAGACCUGGUGUUCCUCCUCAGUGCGUCAGAUCCCACCAUCACUAACAGCGAUAACCAGCCUUUACCGCCCUGCCUGCCUCCAUUGCCUUGUUGCCUUGUUGCCCCAGCCUGGUUCUCGAGCCUGAUUCCCCCUUCUCCAUCUCCGGAUGGACCCCCACCCAGAAGAACCCCGACCUUUCCCCCCCCCCCCGUUCCCCUGACCCUCAGCUGUCUCUGCUUGAACCACCGUCGGCAAUAAACUCUUUCUGAGUGUUUGUUUGCUGCGUUUGGGUCUGCCUGUUACCUCAUCGUAACAUUAUGAGUUUCGUACACUAAUGAUCCACUGUAUUUGUUAUCAGAGAUAUGCCGAUUCAGACUCGUUGCCCACAUGUGCCUGAGUUAAUAAAGUUUUGACCAAUUAAAA